UCAAAAUCUUCGGAGUUACAAAACGGAACAACUUUUCCUUUUGUUCUUUUCCAUUCCCUUUUAGGAGUUGCUUUCCAUUCCUGAAUGCCUGGUUGACAGGCAGAUCAACCCAGGCAAGAAUUUGGUACUUUCCAUGGUCUUAAUUGGGUAAUUUCAUCCAUUAAUUAUCAAAAUCUGUAUAAAUUAUUUUUCCUUUUAGUUCUUCAUUUCCCAGGGAAUCAUUUGAAAAGUGAAGAAGAAAUGUAAAAGAUUAGGUGUGUUUGAUCCAAAUUCAAAAGGUCUUGACGACAUCUCCUCACCGAAGAUAAAAGGGUUGGCCGUUGGUGGUUGGCGGUUGGCGGGCGCCCAUGAUUCAGAGAAAGGAAAGAAAGGCGAAAAAAGUGAUUCAGUGAGGUGGUUCGUGGGUGGGGGCCGAGUCGUCGAAUUCUAAGACAAACACCUCACCAGGUGAGUCAGGAGAAAAGGGGGGUGGGGAAUGGUCAUGGAGAUAACGUAUGCCUCAGCCAGUUCUCGAGACCUUGUGGCUGCUGAGAGUAGUAGUAAUCUUUCAGCACUUCCUCCCAUGUCGAGUAGUCGACAGGUGAAGGUCAUUCCUUUGCAACACCCCACCGUGCCCUCUUCGUCUCCUUCGCCUUUACUCCCUUUGAUCUCUAGAUGGUGCUCCAAGUUAAGUUCCAUGUCGCCGCUCAACUGGGUUGAGCUUUUCUUCCCUUGUUCUAAAUGGAUUCGCACUUACAAAUGGAGGGAGUAUCUACAGAACGAUCUCAUGGCCGGAUGCACCGUCGGUGUCAUGCUCGUCCCCCAGGCUAUGUCUUAUGCAAAAUUAGCUGGGCUACAUCCAAUUUACGGACUUUACACAGGUUUUGUUCCAGUAUUUGUGUAUGCUGCAUUUGGGUCUUCUCGCCAGCUUGCAGUUGGUCCAGUAGCAUUGAUUUCUCUCUUGGUGUCUAAUGUGUUGAGCGAAGUUGUUGAUUCUACUGAUGAGUUGUACACAGAACUUGCAAUACUGUUGGCGCUUAUGGUUGGGAUAUUGGAAUGUGUAAUGGGCCUUCUAAGGUUAGGAUGGCUUAUUCGUUUUGUAAGCCAUGCAGUGAUUUCUGGAUUUACAACAGCUUCGGCCGUAGUAAUUGCCUUAUCACAAGUCAAAUACUUUUUGGGAUAUGAUAUAGUACGGAGUAGCAAAAUUGUGCCACUUGUUAAAAGUAUAAUAUCCGGAAUCGAUGAGUUUUCUUGGCCCCCCUUUGUCAUGGGAACAUCCAUUCUUGUGCUUCUUCUAGUCAUGAAGCACUUGGGAAAAUCAUAUAAAUAUUUGCGGUUCCUACGAGCAGCUGGUCCCAUUACUGCAGUUUUUGUGGGCACAAUUUUUGUGAAAAUAUUUAAACCGUCAUCUAUUUCUGUGGUAGGAGAUAUACCUCAGGGCCUUCCAUCGUUUUCUGUUCCUAAAUGCUUUGGUUAUGUAAUGUCUCUGCUUCCAACAACUUUUCUCAUCACUGGUGUGGCUAUACUGGAAUCUGUGGGGAUUGCCAAAGCAUUGGCUGCAAAGAAUGGGUAUGAGUUGGACUCAAAUAUGGAGUUGUUUGGUCUUGGUGUGGCGAAUAUAUGUGGUUCCUUCUUUCAAGCAUAUCCCUCGACAGGCUCCUUUUCCAGGUCAGCUGUAAACCAUGAAAGUGGAGCAAAAACUGGCUUAUCUGGAAUUACUAUGGGAAUCAUAAUUGGAUGUGCUCUUUUGUUCAUGACAUCAUUAUUUAGGGAAAUUCCUCAGUGUGCUUUGGCUGCUAUUGUGAUCUCUGCUGUUAUGGGUCUGCUGGAUUAUGAUGAAGCUAUUUUCUUAUGGCAUGUCGAUAAAAAAGAUUUCCUUCUUUGGACCAUUACUUGCAUCGCAACGUUGUUCCUUGGUAUUGAGAUUGGUGUCCUUCUUGGGGUUGGCUUCUCUCUUGCAUUUGUCAUCCACGAAUCAGCAAAUCCACAUAUUGCUAUUUUGGGUCGUCUUCCUGGAACCACUGUUUACAGAAACACCCAGCAGUACCCUGAAGCAUACACUUAUAACGGGAUAGUGAUUGUUCGGAUUGAUGCACCCAUUUAUUUUGCAAAUACGAGCUACAUAAAAGAUAGGCUGCGGGAAUACGAACUCAAUACUGAUGGAUCAAUGAGACGUGGACCAGAAGUUGAAAGAGUUCAUUUUGUGAUCAUAGAGAUGUCACCUGUUACAUAUAUAGACUCCAGUGCUGCUCAAGCUCUAAAAGACUUGCAUCAGGAAUACAAAUCACGGGACAUCCAGAUUGCUAUUUCCAACCCCAACCGGGAAGUUUUACUGACUUUUGCCAGAUCUGGUGUAAUUGAGCUUGUGGGAAAGGAGUGGUUCUUUGUGAGAUUGCAUGAUGCUGUUCAAGUCUGCCUCCAGCAGGUGCGGAGCUCACAAGGAACUCCAAAGAUGGUGGACCCACCAUCCGAGAGUAAACUAAAUUUGUCUCAAAGAUCAUCGAAACAGCCAAGGGAGGACUCCUCAAACUCUGAUGUGGAGUCAGGAGACCAAGAUCCUAGAUUAUUAAGAGAUACAGAAGGGGUGGUACAACCACCUGAAAGGCAACCAAGUUUAUUGCAGAGGUUGUGGAGACAAAGUGAGGGUGGGACAGACCCUCAGUCAGAGACACUAUUGUCUAAGAAGCCAUGAGUACUGCAGAAUUUUUUGUGCAACUGUGCUAUUGCUGAGGCUUGUGAAGUCCAAUAACAGUGCUUGUAUUAUAUAAUUUUUUUACGGGUUGAGUUCUCUGUCUGGGAGGAUAGCGUACACUAGUGCUCCCUGGGUCUCUUCUCUCUCUUCUCCCCCAAUAGGAGGCAGAGGGAUUUGAUUAUAUUCUUGUUAGCUGGCUCUUUGCUCCCGAACUUGCAAUACUUUGUAUUUCGUGUAAUCGUUAAGUGCUUUUUGAUUGUUAACAUUGUAAUAAUUCAUUGAUUGUAAGUAUUACAAGUUUAGACUUUCCUAUUGCACCCCAA